UAUUGCAAAUGGACUCUACCCGAACAUAAAGUAAAACCUGUUUCCACCUACAAAAAACCUAGACCCUUACUUUCCUUAUUCUUCUCACACGUGUUUCAGAUUCUAACGUUCAAAGCACGAAUAUACUAAGCUGGAAUAAUAUCGGUAGAAUAGUUAAUGUCAGUUCGUGUUAGCUUUAAGUAGUUUAAAAGUGGGUCAGAGUGUUCAUUCACACAGACUAAGACGGCGAUGUUACGCUGGAGUUAUAGACCCACAGACCUAUAAAUUUGCUUUCAAAGUUAUUCAGUUCAAUACUGUGAUAAAUUAUUCAAGAAAUUUCUUACUUUCAGGAUAUCAAAGUAGGGAAAACCACCGGAAGUAAUCUUCCAUUUAAGUAAAAUCAACUGGGUUAAGUACGAGUCUCGGUCGAUGCUAAUUGGAUAAUAAUUGCGUAACAGAAAUCCUUGAGUAGUUAACAGGAUGUUGUGAGUUCAUCUUAUUAAUGUUCGAAGUGUUAUAGUUACAAAUUACUGACAGAAUGAAGAAUGGUAACGUAGCGAACGGAAAUGGACAUGUCAAAAAUGAAGAAAAAGAAUCUUACAAGGCCAUUUACAAAAGGAUUAUUUUCCAGCACAAACUUUUACUUUUGGUGGUUAUUUUAAUCUUCUUAUUAACCAUUGUGGCAAUUACGGUAGGAGUAGUUAUGUACCAGAAAUUUCGUGAAAAUGAAGACCGAACGGCUUCCUCCAAUAGACUAAAAUUACCGAAUUUUCGCUUACCUUCCACGAUCUUCCCUCGACAUUAUAUAUUAGAAAUCAAAACGUAUCUAACUCCCAAGAACUUUAAAUUUGAAGGAAAGGAACGAAUUACGUUGGAGUGUGUCGAGAGAACCGAUCAGAUAUUUAUUCAUUCUCUGAAUUUGACUAUAGACGAAGAAGGGCUCAAUCUCCAAUCAGAGAAUAAAGAAGAUGUGAAAAUUUCUUACAUUAAACACUAUCCUGAAAUUCAUCUCGUACUCAUUAAACUCGAGCAGCAUCUAAAUGCUAAAAUCAAUUAUUAUUUGUCACUUAACUUUACUGGAAAACUGUUGGAAGAUGGCUUAGGAUUCUAUUACUCCAGUUAUAAAGAUAGUCAGAAUAAAGAAAAGUAUCUAGCAGCAACACAAUUAGAACCAAUUUAUGCAAGGAAAGCUUUCCCAUGCUUCGACGAACCAGCCAUGAAAGCCAAAUUCGACAUUCGCCUGGUCAGAUGGAAAAACAUGACUUCUCUAUCCAACAUGCCUAAAAUGAACACAAUAUCGCUGAAAGACGAAUGGGAUAUUGACGUAUACCAAACAUCCAUGAAGAUGUCGACUUACAUAGUUGCCUUCGCCAUAGGAAAUUUUACAAGUAAAUCUAAUAACAAGAUAUCAAUUUGGAGUCGUCCGGAAAAAAUAUCUUUGGCUAAUUUUUCUUUGAGUUUAUCACCGAAAAUUAUGAAUUUUUUUGAAAAUCUUUUCGACGUGCCUUACGCAGCACCUAAAUUGGAUAUGGCUACUAUUAAAUCGAAGAACGUCAUUGCUAUGGAAAAUUGGGGUUUAGUCUUUUAUCCAGAGUCUCAAUUGCUUUAUAACGAAACUACUAAAAUUAGACAGAAGAAGGAAAUAAUUGCGACAACAAUUUCUCAUGAAAUAGCUCAUCAGUGGUUCGGAAAUUUGGUUACGCCAAAAUGGUGGAGUCAUAUCUGGUUAAGCGAAGGAUUCGCUACUUACAUGGAACAUAUUGCAUCCACGAGUUUCUUUCCUCAAUGGAAUAAGGUGGAUAAAACAGUAUUCAAUGCAAACGGUAUUCAAACCAUCACAAAACAUUGCGAAAAAGAACCGAAAGGUAAAUAUGAAGGAAGAGUUGCAUUGCAAAUAAAGACAUUCCAAGACGUUAAUACUCGAGAUUACUUCUUCAACAGCAAUAUUUAUGAUAAGGGAGCAAUGAUAAUACGUAUGGCGCAUCAUAUUAUCGGAAACGAAUCAUUUUGGAAAGGAGUAACUAGCUAUCUGAAAGGAAAUGCUUAUAAUAACGUCGAAGAGAAGACAUUAUGGGAAUAUCUUUCAAUGGCUCAGCCAUCUUAUAAGAAUCCAAAAGAGGAUUUAAUGGAAAGAAUGACUUCUUGGACCAAUUUGCUAGGCCAACCCAUUGUUUCUGUCAUUAGAAAUUUCGAAGAAAACACUGCUUCAUUCAGUCAGAUUUCGUGUCUAUCAAAGGCAAAUAAAAAAUAUAAAAAAGAUUUGUGGCAAAUUCCAAUCUCUUACAUAAGUCAAGAUCAUUCGGAAUGGAAUCCAAGAAUAGUUGAUUGGUUAACAGAUCGAAACAAGAUAUUGAAAAACAUGCCACAGAAAGACAAAUGGAUCCUCGUUAAUGGAAAUUCAAUCGGUUUCUAUAUUGUCAAUUACGACAAGAGAAAUUGGAAACUCUUAGCAAAACAACUUCAAAGUAAUCAUAAUGUAUUUUCUCCGACAAACCGUUUUAAAUUAUUAAAUGAUGCAGUUACUUUGUACACAUUAGAUUAUAUCGAAUUUGCAACUCUGUUAGAUUUCUAUCUAUAUAUACCUUCGGAAACGGAAUUAGUGGUGUUAAAACAGGAAACGUUCACACCUUUAAUGGAAUUUUCUUACGUAAUGCAUCACAUGACCGAAGAAAAGAAAUGGAAAUUGCAUGUCGGAAUGAUAAACAUUCUAAAGUCUUUACGAUAUGUGGUCUUCAAUUAUUUAUGUGAAAAUGGUUACGAAGAUUGCUUGAUUAAUACAAGAGACUUAUUUACAAAAUGGAAAAACGAUACGACUAAAAUUAAACGAUCCGAAGCGGAAUUACUCAAUUUUUGUGCGAUCAUAAAAUAUGGCACUAGAGAAGAUUGGAAUUAUGUUCAUGAUUUGUAUUUAGUGACAAAGAAUGAAUUAUUUCUCAUACCUUUACCUUGUACUAAAGAUCGAGGAUUAUUUAAAAGAUUGUUCGGUAUAUUUUUGAGAAAAGAAAAAGUAAUAACUAUUUACAAACUUCUCUUUAAUAUUUUUGACAACGAAAAUCUGUGGAUAGAAUUUCUUCAAUUUUUCUCUAAUCAUUUUAAAAGAAUAUUGGAUAUCUAUCGAGUGAAAACUUUCAUGGACUUGAUCGAAACUUAUAUAGAAAAUGAACUGAUAUUUAAUCAAUUCGAAUCCAUUUUCCGCAAACACAUCGAUGAAUUGAACGAAUCCGAUGCGAAAAUUGUUAAAGAAAAUUUACGGAAAUUCAAAAGGAUAGUAAUAAAAAGAAAUCGAGAAAUAGCUUCUCUGACAAAAUGGUUAAAAAGAGACUCUUGGUUAAGAAUAAUUUCUGUGGAAUGAAUGUGACAGAGGCCAGAAGUAUAGAGAACAGAACUUCAGUUUCGGAUUUUACUGGUUACAUAGAAUUUAUGUUUUAUAUAUCUUGUGUAUUUACUGUUUAUGCAGUAGUUACUGCAAAACUUGUUACGAUGUAAAAUCCAAUUAAGAUAUUUUUUAUCGUUAUGAAGUUAAAAUAAAUUAUUUUCUUAGAAAAAUUUUAACUUUUACCUAUAUAAAAGCCGAAGUCGGAACAGUUACGGAUUUUUAAAAG